UUAAUUUAUCCUUAUUCCCAAAAGGGCCCAAUUUGAAGUUCCACGAAACCGAGAUAGCUUAGAAGUUGGAAAAACAGUGAAUUUUCCGGGAAAAUUUUUCACUUUUUUCCUUUUUUGCAGAGAAGAAUUAAAAGUUAAAGCUUUAAUUCUCCCAUUCGAGAGAGAAGAAGACGAGGACUGAAGAUUAGAGAUGGGAAGAGCCAAAGCAAUAACUUCAAUUAUUCUCAUUCAAUUUAUAUUGCUGCAUGUCACAAAAUCCCAGCAAGGCUUUGAAGAAUCUUCGGCUGCGAGUGAUCAUGGGUGUUGGAAAAAAAUGUGGUGUCUUCUUUCAUGAAGUUCUGCUGAUGAUAUCAUCAUUAUCCUUAUUCUUUAGGACUCUUAAGCAGGAAUCGCAUGAUACUCAUGAAGUACAUUGUUCCAGAGAAAGAAGUAGGGCAGCCUGGCAGAUUAUAGAUGAUUAUUUGAUGCCAUUCGUUGAAGAAGAAGGGUAUCAGAUUUCAACUGACUGUAGGCUUCAUCCAGACAAUGAUCUUUUUAGGGAUCAAGAGCGACACAAGAUUCAUUUGGAUGUAAACGAGUGGCGGUGUGGAUAUUGUAAGAAAAGCUUUCGUGCUGAAAGAUUUCUUGACCAGCAUUUUGACAACAGGCACUACAAUCUUCUAAAUGUUAAUCAAAGUAAGUGCUUGGCUGACUUAUGUGGAGCAUUGCAUUGUGACUUUGUGAUAAAUUCCAAUUUGCUCAAGGCCAAGUGCAAUCCUGCUGCUGCAGCGAGGAACCGCCAUCUUUGUGAGAGUCUUGCCAAUAGCUGUUUUCCUAUUAGUCAGGGUCCAUCUGCCAGACGCCUCCAUGAAUUGUUUCUGCGCCAAUUUUGUGAUGCUCACACUUGCUCUGGAAAAGCAAAACCUUUCCCUAGAGGAGGAAAGAAGCAAACAAAUUUACUCUACAUGGCUACGUCAAUACUACUUAUGAUGCUGCUUCCUCUUUUCUAUCUUCUUUAUUAUUUAUAUCAAAGAGACAUGAAGCAAGAAACCCAAGUGCUAAGACGAGUGUCACAAGUUGGACGGAAAGCAAAACCUUCAUAGUUGUGAGGAAGAUGAUAAAACGAUGAAUAUUGCUUCCUCCGAGUUUUGCCCUUAACUUCAUUAUAGCUUCGAGUCAGAAAGUUGAAAAACAAUGUGUUUGCGUCCUUUGAAUGGCACGGACAUUUCAGUGGCAUGAAUGCCGAUGCCAAUGCCUCUUGAUACUGACGUUAUGUUUUUGAUGAUGGCAGCAAACAGGUGUUGUACAAUCUGAUGGAAUGAGUUAACUGAACUUAUAUCAUUUGAAUCGCUUCGAGACUGUUGUAUACUGCAACGCUUGGACUAUGGUUAGUUCUAUAAGGGUUAUAAGGAGUUUCUGAAUAGAGAUUAAUAGUGUUUUGGAACUGCAAUUCAACCUUGACUUUUGGACGUUAUUGAUUCAAGCCAAUUUUUUUUCUUUCCUUUUUUCAAGUCCAUUCAGGUUAGAGAAUAUAAGCAGAUACUAAUCCAUGUAUUUGUAUCGUCUUUGUAUUAAUUUUUCAUGUCAUAAUCGUGUUUAAAAUAUUCAAAUCA